AUGGCAGCGCGCAGCUACUUCGUCACGGCUCAGCCUGCCACUGCUGUGGAGUGCGCCCUGGGUCCAGUGGCCAUUACUGCCCCCGGGGAGGAGGAGCUGGCCGUCGUCCGCGGUACGACAUUGGAGAUCUUCCGCUUCCAAGAUGCGCAGUUUGUUCCGGUAUGCACCGAGCAGAUCCGCGAACAGGUGUGCUGCAUGCUCAACUCGCUGCAAGUCACAGGCUGCGGCGAGCUGCUUAUUCUCAUCACGGUCUCUUUGAAGCUUGUCAUCGCACGCUACGAUGCCCAAAUCAACGAGCUGCGAUGGAUUGCCACGGCCGACAUGGGCAACGCUGCCAUCGCGGCGACCGCGCAGGAACCAUCCUGCUGCUGCUCUUCGAACGGAAAGCGGUUGGUUGUUUACCUGCACGGGAAUGUGGUGGCCGUUGCCGAUCUCGAUGAACUUAUGGACUCACAGCAGCCAUACCCGAUUGAUUUGAAAGCUGCGGGGCGAAUGUUUUACACUCAAGUUGAUGAGCAGAUUAUUGGCAUGGAGUUCCUUGAGCGCGUGGCUGCAGACGACGACAGCAUCGAGACACUUGCUGCUCUUCAUGCCAACGGCGGCAAAGAGGAGGCACAGAUCCAAAGUACUGAGAGGGUUCAGGCAGCCUGA